GUUUUAUAUGGCGAGGACUUGGACUUUUUUUUACCAACCCGAAAAGAAAUCCAGCGACCGGAGAGAUGCGAAGUCGUCGGAAGCCACCGUGCGCCGCUCACCUGAUCAUAUUGAUACUCUGCUCUCUCCUCCUCUCGACAAGAGUAACUGCCCGGCCGUUCGUUCUUGUCCUCUCUCAAGACGACCUGAAGGAUGGACCCGUUGAUGAGUCUCCUGAUGAUCCCUCUUCCGUCGCCGAUUGGGACGAAUUCGGUGAAUCAGACGCUAGGUCCGAUGACGACCUGGAUCCUGGAUCCUGGCGACCGAUAUUCGAGCCAGACGAAUCCAACUCUAAUUCCGCCGAAGAGUUCCCGAUCAAUCCCCAACUAGAGGAGUAUUAUUCGAGCGUCAGGAAAAUGGUCGCCGCCGUGAGCGAUGGGGGUAGGGCAAUGGAGGAUGUCGCUUCGGAGAUUGAAUCGGCCGCCGCCACCGGCAAUCCUCACGCGCAGUCGCUGUUAGGGUUUUUGUAUAAUACAGGAAUGGCUAGGGAGCGUAGUGGUGCCAAAGCUUUCAUGUACCAUCACUUUGCCGCUGAUUCUGGCAAUAUGCAAUCGAAAUUGGCACUCGCUUAUACGUAUUCUCGCCAAGAUGUACAUGAUAAAGCAGUCAUACUGUAUGCUGAGCUAGCCGAAGCCGCUGUUAACAGUUUCUUGAUCUCAAAAGACUCCCCAGUGAUUGAACCGGUUAGAAUCCAUAGCGGAGCAGAAGAGAACAAAGAAGCUCUCAGAAAAUCCAGAGGGGAAGAAGAUGAAGACUUCCAGAUCUUGGAAUACCAGGCACAGAAAGGAAAUGCUGUAGCCAUGUAUAAGAUCGGCAUAUUUUACUACUUUGGAUUAAGAGGAGUCAGGCGUGAUCAUGCCAAAGCAUUAUGGUGGUUCUCUAAGGCUGUGGACAAAGGUGAACCUAGGUCCAUGGAGCUUCUUGGUGAGAUCUAUGCAAGAGGUGCUGGAGUUAAACGAAACUACACAAAAGCUCUUGAAUGGCUCACGUUAGCAUCAAAACAGAAACUUUAUUCAGCUUACAAUGGAAUGGGAUACUUAUACGUCAAGGGUUAUGGAGUAGAACAAAAGAACUACACUAAAGCAAAAGAAUACUUUGAAAAGGCUGCUGAAAAUGAGGAAGCUGGUGGGCAUUACAACUUGGGUGUAAUGUAUCUCAAAGGAAUUGGAGUCAAGAAAGACGUGAAGCUAGCUUGCAAGUAUUUCAUAGUAGCAGCAAAUGCUGGUCAACCAAAAGCAUUUUACCAAUUGGCAAAGAUGUUCCACACUGGUAUAGGUCUAAAAAAGAAUCUCCCAAUGGCAACAUCAUUGUACAAACUAGUUGCAGAAAGGGGACCAUGGAGUUCAUUAUCUAGAUGGGCAUUAGAAGCAUACCUAAAGGGCGAAAUCGGAAAAGCAUUUUUACUAUACUCAAGAAUGGCAGAAUUAGGGUAUGAGGUGGCACAAAGUAACGCAGCCUGGAUUCUUGAUAAAUUUGGUGAAGCAAGCAUGUGCAUGGGUGAAUCAGGGUUUUGCACAGAUGCUGAAAGGCAUCAACGUGCACAUUCUUUAUGGUGGCAAGCUUCUGAACAGGGUAAUGAACACGCAGCUUUGCUUAUUGGAGAUGCAUAUUAUUAUGGCAGGGGGACUGAAAGAGAUUAUGAUCGUGCUGCGGAUGCUUAUAUGCAUGCCAAAUCACAAUCGAAUGCUCAAGCUAUGUUUAAUUUGGGAUAUAUGCAUGAACAUGGUCAAGGACUUCCUUUAGAUCUUCAUCUUGCUAAACGUUACUAUGAUCAAGCCCUAGAAAUUGAUCCUGCUGCAAAGUUGCCUGUCAUGUUAGCCCUUGCUAGCUUGUGGGUACGCAGAAAUUACGCCAAUAGUUUUAUGGUUGAUUUGAUAGAUUCUUUGCCUGGUGUUUACCCAAAAGCGGAUGAAUGGAUCAAGAACGUUGUAAUGGAGGAAGGGAAUGCAACGAUUCUGGCUCUUUUUGUUUGCUUGUUGACGGUGCUUUACCUUCGUGAGCGGCAACGGCGGCAGGCGGCGCCUGGUGGGGGUGGGGGUGGGGGUGGGGGAGUGGCUCCUCCUCCGCUUCGCCCUAAUGACAACGGUGCACCGCUUGUCAAUUGAGAAUUGAAUUGUAAGAAUGAAAAUGAUUUUUGGAGAUUGUUGAAGAUGAUCUUUAUGAGAAGUGAAUGCCACCCAUAGGAAUUUUACUUGAGUUGCUCCAGACAGUUUUCUUACAUUUUUUUUUUAGAUUGUAAAUGUACUUUGGUUUAGAUUAUAUUGAGACUGUACUUGAAAUACAAAAAGACAUCAUAGCAAUAAAUUUAUUUAGAGUUCAUAA